AUGUCCUACGUGAGCUGCGCCCUGCGGGCGGCCGCCCCCCGCCGCCUGCCAGCCCCCUGGAGAAGCCCCCGGCCCUUCAGCAGCACAACGGGCCCCAUUUUUUUAAAGAGCGUCCCAUCCCAGAAGACGCUGAAGGAGGAAGGCUCUGGGAACAAGGAGCCCAGCCGGCCUCCACCGCCCUCGGCCGAGGUGGUGGUGGUCGGGGGGGGCAGCCUGGGCUGCCAGACCACCUACCACUUGGCCAAGCAGGGUGUCACCAGCGUCGUGCUGCUGGAGAGGGACCGCCUGACCUCGGGCACCACUUGGCACACGGCCGGUCUGCUGUGGCAGCUGCGUCCCAGCGACGUGGAAGUGGAGCUGCUGGCGCACACGCGGGACGUGGUCAGCCGGGAGCUGCCCGAGGAGACGGGGCUGCACACGGGCUGGGUGGAGAACGGAGGGCUCUUCAUCGCCUCCAACAAGCAGCGCCUCGAUGAGUACAAGAGGCUCAUGUCGCUGGGGAAGGUGUACGGCGUGGAGUCCUACGUCCUGACCCCAUCGCAGACCAAGGACCUGUACCCGCUGAUGAACAUCGACGACCUGUACGGCACGCUAUACGUCCCCAAGGACGGCACCAUGGAUCCAGCUGGUACCUGCUCGACUCUUGCCAGAGCAGCAACUGCCAGAGGCGCUACGAUCAUAGAGAACUGCCCGGUCACUGGCAUCCAGGUCAGAGCUGAUGAUUUUGGGGUGAAGAGGGUGUAUGCAGUGGAGACGGCCCACGGGACCAUCCAGACUCCCUGCGUGGUGAACUGCGCAGGUGUGUGGGCACGAGCCCUGGGCCGGCUGGCCGGCGUCCACGUGCCGCUGGUGGGGAUGCAUCACGCCUACGUGGUGACCGAGCGCAUCGAGGGCAUUCAGAACAUGCCAAACGUUCGCGAUCACGACGCCUCGGUGUAUCUCCGUCUCCAAGGCGAUGCCCUUUCCGUGGGUGGAUAUGAGUCAAACCCCAUCUUCUGGGAGCAGGUAUCUGAAAAAUUUGCUUUUGGCCUCUUUGAUCUGGACUGGGAUGUUUUCAUGCAACACAUCGAAGGUGCCAUCAACAGAGUACCGGUGCUGGAGAAAACGGGCAUUAAAUCCACCGUCUGCGGGCCAGAGUCGUUCACGGCCGACCACAAGCCACUCAUGGGGGAAGCCCCAGAAGUCCGAGGCUUCUUCCUGGGCUGUGGCUUCAACAGCGCCGGGAUGAUGCUGGGAGGUGGCUGCGGAAGGGAGCUGGCUCACUGGAUCAUCCAUGGGCGGCCAGAGAAGGACAUGUACGGCUACGACAUCAGGAGGUUUCACCACUCCCUUACUGACAACAACCGCUGGAUCCGGGAGCGGAGCCACGAGUCCUAUGCCAAGAACUACUCCGUUGUCUUCCCCCACGAUGAGCCGCUGGCAGGGCGCAACGCAAGGAAGGACCCCCUCCACGAGGAGCUGCUGCGACAGGGCUGCGUUUUCCAGGAGCGGCAUGGCUGGGAGAGGCCGGGCUGGUUCAGCCCCAGGGGAGCAGCCCCGGUUCUGGAUUACGACUACUACGGCGCGUACGGCCAGGAGCGCCACAGGGACUACACCUACAACCAGCUACUGGGGGAUGAGUACACCUUUGACUUCCCCCCCCACCAUGACAUUAUCAAGAAUGAAUGCUUAACGUGCAGAAAUGCCCUGGCUCUCUUCGACAUGUCUUACUUUGGGAAAUUCUACCUGGUUGGUCCUGAAGCAACAAAAGCGGCGAACUGGCUGUUUACUGCCGACGUGAGCAAAGCGCCAGGCUCGACCGUGUACACCUGCAUGCUGAACAAGCGGGGCGGUGUGGAGAGCGACCUGACCGUCAGCCGGAUCAGCCCUGGGGACCCGGCCUCCCCCCUGGCCCCUGCCUUCGAAGGGGACGGCUACUACCUGGCUAUCGGCGGGGCCGUGGCUCAGCACAACUGGUCGCACAUCACCACUGUGCUGCAGGACAUGAAGCUCCAGUGCGAACUCCUCGACUGCUCGGAGGAGCUGGGCAUGAUGAGCAUCCAGGGCCCCCUGAGCCGUGUCGUCCUCCAAGAAGUGCUCGACACCGACCUCAGCAACGAGGCCUUCCCCUUCUCCACCCACAAACUGGCCGUGGCCGCAGGAUGCACGGUCCGUGCCAUGAGGCUGUCGUUUGUCGGCGAGAUGGGCUGGGAGCUGCACGUGCCCAAGGCGGACUGCGUGAAGGUUUACCAGGCCGUGAUGGAGGCAGGUGCCCGGCAUGGCAUUACCAAUGCUGGCUACAGAGCCAUCGACAGCCUCAGCAUCGAGAAAGGGUACAGGCACUGGCACGCAGACCUGCGCCCUGACGAUACCCCGUUAGAAGCAGGCUUAGCCUUCACCUGCAAGCUCAAGUCUGGCAUCCCCUUCCUGGGCCGGGAGGCUGUGGAGGCUCAAAAAGCCAAGGGCGUCUUCCGCCGCCUCGUCUGCUUCACCACCGAGGAGAAGGUGCCAAUGUUUGGCCUGGAGGCGGUCUGGCGGGAUGGCGAGGUGGUCGGCCACAUCCGUCGGGCAGACUUCGGAUUUGCCAUCGAUAAAACCAUUGCCUACGGCUACAUCCGUGACCCCACGGGGGGCCCGGUCUCGCUGGAUUUCGUGAAGAGCGGCAGCUACCAGCUGGAGCGGAUGGGAGUGACCUACCCUGCCCGAGCACACACCAAGUCCCCGUUCGACCCGGACAACAAGCGAGUGAAGGGCUUUUACUGA